AUGACUCUCACUCACCGUUCCAGAGGCAUGGAGGCGUCACGGAGGAUCAAGAAACGCUCGUCCAAUGCCUGCCAAAGAUGCCGCCGACAAAAGAUCAAAUGCUCGGGUUCGCAGCCCUGCAACACGUGCAACAAACGCAAGUUGACCUGCACCUUCGAUGAUCGCGAGCAGAAAGUCUUGGUAACCAGGGGGUACAUCGAAGACCUCCAGGCUCGCGUCGCCCAGUUAGAACGCGGCGAUGAGAUUUUCAGUCCGCAAAGCCACGAAGCUGACCCCAUUCCGGAUGACGAAACCAUCCUGACCGAACCUCCAAACAUCGAAACCACUGACCUGACCAACCCCCUAUCCACCGGUCCUUCGACAUUCAUGACUUCUGUCACGGGGCGGGUCUUCUACCUAGGAACCUCGUCGAACUGGUCCUUUGCCCGCAAGAUCCUCAGCAUGACCCACGAGCACCUCUACCAGUCCCCGCUGCCCACGGGGAGUCUGCGCUUCGAUGCGGCCACGUAUGACCUGGGGUGGGAUGGGAUGCGACUGAGCAUGCCCGAGCUGCCGAUGGCGCCCACCCUGGACUUCUCGCUGUACCUCAUCACGGCUGUCAAGUUCCACGCCGGCCAGCUGUUCCACCUGUUCGACGAGGAGAGCUUCAUGGGCGGGCUGUAUGCCUUUCACGAGGACCCACACCAGCAGAUGGCCACGUCGGGGCUCUGGUACAUCCACUACCUCCUCAUCCUGGCCUUUGGAAAGGCCUUUGUCGUGCAAAAGGCCCAGGACGGUCGACCGCCGGGGUAUGAGUUCUUCAUCAAGGCGCUGCAGCUGCUGCCCGAUACGACGCGGCUGUCUCGCGAUCCCAUCAUCGCCACGGAGAUUCUCUGCUGCAUCGCACUGUAUCUGCACUCGAUGGACUACCGGAAUUCGGCCUAUGAUUUUAUCGGACAAGCCCUUCGAAUCGCCCUGGCGCAGGGCAUGCACACGAAUAUGCCGGAAGACCUCGGAUACGCCUGCGUGCAGCGAUGUCGACGCAUCUGGUGGACAAUAUACGUGCUGGACCGCCAGAUGACGUCGCUGAUGGGGCUGCCGCAGUCGAUCCAAGACGACCAGGUGUACGAUCUGAUGCCGUCGUACCCGGGGUCGCCGCAGCGGGCGGCGGCGCUGAGCAUGCAGAUCAAGAUGUGUCAGAUCAUCGCGGAGAUCAACCGCACGGUAUACGGCCCCGACGGUCGAUUGAAUCGGAAAUUCCUGGUGCGCACCAAAGCGGCGCUGGCCAGCACGGCGGAUCUGGCGAACGAACUGCGGCAGUCGCACGAUCUCCGUCUGGAGGAGGCGUCCAUCAGUGGCGUGUCUCGGCUGUCGGCCCAUCUCCAUUUGCUCUAUCAUCAGUGCAUCGUCCUGGCGACGCGGCCGUUGCUUUUCUGUUCUCUCAAAAUCCGCCUCCAAUCCCCCGACCGGUGCAUGGCGCUGCAAUCGUCGCCGACGGUGCGCCGACUGCUGCAAGUGUGUCUGGACUCGGCGCAGCAGAUGCUGAAUAUCCUGGCCAGUCUACAUGAACAGAACCUCCUCGACAGUUUCCUCCCCUUCGACCUCGAAUCCACCUUCGUCUCCAGCGUCAUCCUGCUGGCCGCCGGCCCUGCCACGGCCGGUCUUCUGGACCCCGGGCCCAGCUGGGUGGAGCGCGGGACGCCGAUCCUGGACGAGAUGGUGACGCGCGGCAACCGCAUCGCAGCGUACAACCGCAGCGAGCUGGAGCAGCUGCGCGGGAUGCUGGGGCAGCUGGACGACAAGACGAUCAGCCAGGGGGGCAUGCCGUCGCCGCAGAUCGAGUGUGGCAUGCCGGAGGGAUUAACGACGGCGGAGAUCCUGGCGGUGGCAGAGUCGAUCGACACGGGGGAUGUGGAUUGGAUCGCGCAUGCGGUGACGGAGAAUAGUAUCUGGUAG